AUGCCCCCCGUGACCCCCGCUCGCUGCUCCGUGCUGCUGCUGCUCGGGCUGGCUGCUGCCCUGGCUCUCCAGAAGCGGGGAGGUGCUGAGGCCAGGGGGACGCCCUCGGCCAGGCAGCCAGAGCCGGUGGGGCCAGGGGCAGCAGGGGAGUCGUGGGGCACACACGUGUGGGGAGACAUGAGGACAGGUGUGCCCGUCCAGACAGCGACCCACCCUGGUGGGGCCAGGCAACCCGAGGGUCUUGCAGAGAAGCGGGCGCCUGGGAAUGCCCCCCCUGGAGAAGCAAGCCUCCCCGGGAUGUGGCCAAGCGGCGGCGGCCUCUGGCAGCGGUGUGGCAGCUGGGCCCUCAAGACCGGGCUCGUGGGCGUCCUGGGCCUUCUGGUGGUGGCUGGCAACGGGCUGGUGGUCGCGGUGGCCGCCUCCUCGGUGUCCGGCUGGAGCCACAGCAGCCGCCUGGUGCUGCUCUCGCUGGCGGCCGCGGACGCCGCCCUGGCCGUGCUGGUGGUGCCGCUCAACCUGUCCCGCGGGCUGGCCCUGGGGCCGGGGCCGGCGGAGGCCGUGGCCGAGCAGGAGAGCUCCUACUGCCGGGCCGUGGCCUUCCUGAACUCCAGCGUCUUCGGGGCCUCGCUCUACUCCCUGGCCGGGGUCUCCCUGGAGCGCUACGUGGCCGUCUUCUUCCCCCUGCGCUACCACCGCCUGCUGAGCCGCCGGCGGGUGGCCCUGCUCAUCGCGGCCUCCUGGCUCGUGCCGGCCCUCGUGCUGGUGCCGCUGGCCCUGCCGGCCCCCGCAGCCGUCCUCCGGGUCCGCUUCUCCGCCGCGGCGCUCCUGUGCGAGCCGGAUUACGGCUCCAACGCCGCCUACUCCCUCCUGAUCGUGGGGACCCUCUUCUGCCCGGCCGCGGCGACCAUCACCUUCACGAACGUGUGCCUGUGGCGGGCGGCCCGUGCUCAGCGGCGGCGGGACGCGCGGGUCGGGGCCCUGCGGGGAAGGGGCCCGGGGCCGAGGAGGCGGCGCCUGCUGCCCCUGGACGCUGCCGCGCGCGUCCUGCUCCCCGUGGUCGUCGGCUUCUACGUCUGCUGGGCGCCCUGCAUCACCAUCCUCCUGUACAACUCGCUCACACAGAGGAGGGUCCACGAAUGGGUCGAGUUCGUGGCCUUGUGGCUCCCCACGGGCAGCGGCUUCCUCAACUGCUUUGUCUACUUCUGGAUCAACAGGAACUUCCGGCGCAGGUUCCAGAAGGUUGGGCGCAGGCUGUGCUGCCCCGGCCGGCGGGAGCAAGGGCAGCCGGGCCCCGUGUCCUGCUGCCACGUGGCGGGAGGGGGCGGGGUGCUUCCGGCCCUCCUGCCGGGCUGCUCCAGCAGCUUCUCCUCUUCCAACUGCCCCCUGCCCGUCCUGGAAGACUCGGCCCAGCUGUAG